CAACAGUAAUAGAAGCGCCAGGAUUGAGUCAAAGGAAAGCCUAAGUGAUUACGACGAGGCCUUGUUGGAACAUGAUGAUGAGCCUGGGCGGCGGCGGCGGCACUGGACGGAGGACCGUGCUGAUUACGGGAGUGACCAAAGGCCUCGGCAAGGCCCUCGCCAUCGAACUCGCCAAGGGCGGCCACUCCGUCAUCGGGUGCUCCCGCUCCCAAGACAAGCUCGACUCCCUCCGCUCCCUCCUCUCUUCCUCCGAAGCCGCCGCCGAGUCUCCUCACCUCCUCCUCAACGUCGACGUCAGAUCAAACGGCAGCGUCGAGGAGCUCGCGCGCGUGGUCAUGGACAAGAAGGGCGUUCCGGACAUCAUAGUCAACAAUGCCGGGACCAUCAACAAGAACAACAAGAUUUGGGAGGUCCCGGUGGAUGAGUUCGACGCCGUCAUCGACACCAAUGUCAAAGGCAUCGCCAACGUGCUGCGUCACUUUCUCCCACCCAUGACUCAGCGAAAGCGUGGCAUCAUCGUCAACACAUCUUCCGGCUGGGGCAGGUCCGGCGCUGCUCUGGUUGCCCCAUAUUGCGCAUCGAAAUGGGCAGUCGAGGGUUUGACCAAAUCGGUUGCAAAGGAGUUGCCACAGGGGAUGGCGGUGGUGGCGCUGAAUCCCGGCGUGAUAAACACUGAUAUGCUGGCUUCCUGCUUUGGCGAUUCCUCUUCCCUGUAUCAGGCACCUGAUGCAUGGGCUGGGAAGGCUGCUGCUAUGAUACUGAAUCUCACAGGGGCGGACAAUGGUGCAUCCCUUACUGUGUGAGGGAGGGAAUGCUUUGCAUAUUGCAAUCGACAACUUUUGGAGACCUAACUCAGGAUUCGCCCCUUC